AUGGGCUUUCGUGGGGCAUUAGGAGGGGCAGGGAUUAGUUGGUUUGACAUUACAUGCUUGAUGGUUGAGGAUGGUGCUGGUGGAGCAAUGAGAAAUGAUCAUAGCGGAAUGAAAAGGCGUGGAUUGAAUUAA